AAUUGUAAAAUAUAUACGGAUCCCCCUCUCUCUCUCUCUCUCUCUCCCUCUCAACUCAGUGAACUUGUAAUAAUGUUCCUCACUCGGCUUCUUCCUUCUGUUGCUGUAAUCGUUUUCUUGGCUACUUUCGCUUCCGGAGCCACUCCACUUCCCUCUUCUGAAGUGGAAGCUCUGAACGAAAUAGCGAAGAAGUUGGGAAAGAAGAAUUGGGAUUUCAGUGUAGAUCCAUGCAGUGGAGAAUCGGGUUGGGUCAACCAGAGUGAGCCUAACGGGUUUGAGAAUGCUGUCACCUGUGGUAACUGCACCUCCGAUAACACCACCUGCCAUGUUGUAAGCAUGUAAGCUCUCUCUCUCUCUCUCUCGGAUAAUUUAUAGAUUAUACUUGUAGUUGAUUUAAACAUGAGAAUAUAAAAUAUGGUUUCAAGAUUAAUUUUUCAUAUGAAAAUUAAAACCAAUCUCUAUUCGGUCUUAGGAUGCCUUUUUGCUCGUCUGUUUGUUUAUUUGUUGUUGUUGUUGUUGCUUAUCUUGAUCAAAAAGCAAAGUUCAAGUUGUCCUUGUAUGCACAAUAAAUGACAAAUCACAGCUUAUGAUCAUUUUU